AUGAUAGACCUGCCGUCGCUCCGCUGCCACGACCUGCCACCGCACUGCCGCUCUGACCUGCCGUCGCUCCGCUGCUCUGACCUGCCGUCACUCCGCUACUCCGACCUGCCACCGCACUGCUGCUCUGACCUGCCGUCGCUCCGCUGCCACGACCGCAGAGAAAAGAUGACGCGAGCUUCGAUGCUUCUCAUCGUACUUCUCAUUGCCGCUGUCUCGUACGCGGCAGAUAAAAAUCCUUGCAGAAGGGAGGUGAAAGCGAAAGUACUUGAAUUAGUACGCGCUAUGGAAGAUUGUUGUAUUGGGUACAAAUUGGACAUGGACAAGACUACAUGGAAUUCCUAUUCAAAGAGAAAAUGCAACAUCUACGAUUCUCUAAAUAAUUACGAUGUAGCAGGAUGUGAUCCACUUCCAUACUGGUGCGCCAAGUGCGUGUUGAAAUCAAAGAAGCUCCUGAAACCUGACGACACUUUGGACGAUGCGGCCUUCCAGAAGAAUUUGUUGUCGAACAAAUGCAGCUCAGAGACAAGCUUCGAAAACGCUUACACGAACUGCAAAAGCUCCAGCAUGCAGCGUUUGAACUUUCUCAAGUUCAUGGCGUGUAUCGUUCAAGCCAUCCCAGGGUGGCCCUACUACUAGUUAAAGUUCAGAGUGCCAGGAUUGGAGCAGAGAGGUGCGGGCUGCGGGUU